AGACAAGAUAUUACAAUACGAAUUGCAAAUCUACCUAUUCUUUGACUACUUCUACCCACCUCCUACCCACCUACCCACAUCUCCAAGGCCUUCCUUUGGAUCGACACAGAAAUCAUACAUCACUAUUGACAAAGCCUGUCUUAACACACCCACCCACAACUAAAAAUGCGUUUCCUCUCCACUAUCCUGAGUACCACCCUCAGCCUCCUCACCGUCACCUCGGCCGCCGCAACAAUGAACACCACGAACGGCAUGGGCACCACACCCUCCCAGCGCUACGUCAUAUCUGCGACGCAAGCGCAAACCGUCAUCGAUGCCGCCGUAUCGAACGCUACAUCCCUCCAGAUCCCCGAGAACAUCGCCGUGGUGGAUCCCUCUGGCUUACUCGUUGCCUUCCACCGUAUGGACAACGCAUUCAUCGGCUCCAUCGACAUUUCGCAGAAGAAGGCUAGGACGGCUGUGCUGUUCAAUGGAUUGUAUGCUAGUGCGGAUCUGUAUGCGGCGGUGCAGCCUGGUGCGCCGCUCUACGAUGUGCAGAACACGAAUGGCGGGUUGGUAGUCUUUGGGGGAGGAAUACCGAUCUAUCUCGAGGGAAAGUUGAUUGGAGGUGUGGGUGUUAGUGGAGGAAGCGUCGAGCAGGAUUUGAGUGUUGCGAAUGCAGGAAUUGAGGCUUUGGGGGCGAGCACAAAGGCAUAGGCAAGAGGAGUA